AUGGAUAAUCGCGUGCAUUUUCCGUAUCUUAACGCCUUGUAUGCUGUGGGCUGUGCAUCAACAGUGGCAGUGAAAGGUCCCCAGCAUUGUUUCACCACAGUGACUGCUCUCCUUUGCCCUUACUAUGGUUUGUCUUUGUGCUUCUAUCGACAUCUGCGACAAGAGCGUCGCGCUUGUUCCGCAUCAACAGCAUCAGUGGCGCAGUUUUGUAACGCAAUUAUGUUGACAUUUUGUUUAUUGCCCUUAAUCCUGAUGCCCUUGAAGCGGUUAUUACCGAACUUUGUUUCUCUGACUGGUUGCUUCGCCAAAUUACGACUGUACUUCGAGGUUUCAUGCGCUACUCUGAUUUAUGAACAGCAUUUAACAUCUAAAAUCAAUCACAUUAAACCAUAUCGGUUUUCAUCUUUGUACACGAAAAUGUUCCUGCCAUCCACGCUGAAUGCCCUCAUUUGUCAUAACCUAGGAACUUUGCAGCUUUUAUCAGCUUCCGUAGUAAUCAGGUGUCAAAUUGAACGGUACCGGCUUAUGGAUUGGAGUCGAGCUAUCAUCUACCCCCUCCCCCCACUCUCAUACUCGGUGCGCAAUCACAACAUCUUCUGUUAA